UCUUCCCAGUCUCAAGCAGAUCUCCUCAUGUAGUGUAAUCUCACUUGCUUUAACAAAACCCGUAGCCAUACUCCAAUAAAAAAUGAAGUUUGCCCCUACGCUCACAAUAUACGCUACUCUAGCUGCAACCGCGCUGGCACACAGGAGAGAAUAUCUUCCUCGAUGCUCCACUAACUCAGUCUUACCAUGUGCGUGCCCUACGGGUACAGAUUACUGGGAAUCGUCUACUUGGUCGGUAAUGGGAGCCACUGCAAAUGAUGUCAAGGACUUGAUUAUGGAUUGUAAGUCGCUAUCUUCUUCGUCAAGGAAAGAAUACUGAAUGUGCAUUAAAAGACUAUGAAUGUGCAUGGCUCGGAGUCGUACCUUACGAAACUCGUGGUCCGAAUAAUAAGCCUGGUGUUUCGAUUCGUACUUCGUAUUUACCCACAAAAGUUGGCACCUAUAGUAUUACUGAAAAGGUACUUGCCAAAUGUUUCAAUGACAUAACCAAUAGUCUCUGGCGACGGAGUAAUGAAGUGCUAACCUCUCUUCUAAAUAGCUAACGGAUCUCAAAAUCGAUUCUCGUGGAGGGUUUAUCGAGAAAUUCGAACAACUCGCGUCUACGGUGCCCGUGGAAUACGAUUCCGGGAAUGGUUCUUUUAGUGGAUACUGGGUUACUCUCGAGAGCACAUAUAUUUUCAAAUAUGAAACGGCGAUAAGAUGGAGUAUCUAUGCCUGUGAGACAGGACACGCGCGAAGUAUGAGAUACCCAAUUUAUUAGCGGUGCUAGGGGAUACGGAGAUAUGCUAAUUUUAUUCUUCGAUGCAGAUUUUGCCGUCUUCCAUGAAAAUGCUUUGAAGAACGCGAGUAGUGUUUUGGCCGCGCAGGGGAAAAUCAAAGGUAUAAAUUUACAGCCUUACUCCGUUCAGAACUUUUAGAAAUGUUGAGGAGCAGCAUAUUUUGGAGCAAAUUCGUGCAUGAGUAGAAAUAAAUAUCAUUCAAACAAGCGAUGUCUAGAUACGUUAUGAAGAAGUGGAUAUAGUUCUCAGGGUU